AUGCGCUUGUGGUUCGUGGCCGUGGUGCUCAUAGUGGUGGCGUUGCGGAUUGCGGCCGAGCCGGCACCGCGCCGGUACCGUGCCGAGUGGCGCGCUGCACGCGCCGUCCGCGGCUCGCGCGACUUAGCGCAGCCUUUACGCAACCUGCUCGAGCCCGAGGCGGCCGCGGCCUCCACCGAACACCGCGACCGACGACGCGCGCGUAACUCCAAGCGCGCCCCCUACCUGCCUGUCGACAUGCCCGGCAGCCAGACCAUGCUGCGAGCCUCGCGCUCGAAUCGCCAAUAUGAUGUACCACAAAUUGAGUGCCCGCCAGCGGCAGAUGGCAUGGAGCGGUUCGCGUGCCCCACGCCCGACCGGCAGGGCCGCUACCGCUGCAUCGACGACCACGUGCUGUGCGACGGCUUUAUUGACUGCCCCAACGGCGAAGACGAGGACCGCCAGGCUUGCAUGUUUUAUAAAACGACAAAAGCUCAUCUAGACGUGUUGGCAGAUGCGCUCCUACGAUGGGCGCGCGGCCGUUAAUCUAUCUAUCCCUCCGACAUUCCCUAGUGCUACCGAACCGACAGUACUGCACAAACCCCAACAGACUGAC